CCGCGCCCGCGAGUAGCUCCGCAGCGCAGUCGGGAGUCGGGAUUCGCAUCUCAUCUCAUCGUAUUCGCAUCGCAUUCGGGCAGCGAGGAAACGUGUUGGUUCCUUCGAAUGGUGGUGCUGGUGGUGUAACGGUGCCUCUAGUGCGGUGCGGUGUCCGUGUGUGUUGGUGCUGAGUCGGGUUGGUCAGCUGGUCGGCUGCAUGAUUCUCGCGUGGCGGGGGUGUGUGACUCUGGAGUCUGAUCGGGUGUCGCCGGCCCAACUCGAGGAACUGCUGCCUCUCCAUCUCCAGUCUGAGUCUGAGCCCGAGUCGCGGUACUUGUCGCCGUCGCCGGACCUCAUCUCCGUCGGAACCGAUUUCGAGCCGGAGCCGGAGCCGGAGCUUCGGGUGUGCGUCUCCGUGUCGCCCCGCUCCCAGUCGCUCGACUCCCUCGACUCCCAGUUGCUUCGCUUCGACCUCUUGCCCAGCUGUGUCCCGUGUCCCUCCGACGAGGAGCCCCCCUUCGAGUCCGAGUCCCGCCAGGAGUUGUGCGAGCGCGUCCUCAGGGGCUCCGACCCCUCCUUGCAUGAGUCCUGCUCGGACCUAACCGUCUCGCAGUUGUCGCCGCAACCGAUCCUCCCAGAUCGGGACGACUCUGAAGCGGGGCAUCCGGCGGGCACUGGCCUCCCUCAAGCCUCGUCCAGCAUGCUACUUCUGCAGACACAGACAUCGUUUGGAUCAAGCAGUUUCGCUGAGCUGCUCUCAGCCCCAUACACGUGCGACGACUCCUCGGUGCCUCUCCCGGAGGACCUAGACCCCUUCUCGGAGUCCGUCUUCACCCAGAACCUCGCGGCGGAGCCGAGCCCGAGCGACACCGGCGACCCGACAGACGGCAGCGACCCCUCGGACCCGACCCCGCUGCCCAGCUUCCAGGAGACCUACGCCGCCCUCGGCUUCAAGAUGGAGGAGGACUGCUACAACGUGGCCGCCCCCGCAGCCCCCGGCGCCCUACCACCAGUCGCCGCCACCCCCCUCCUGCCCAUCGUACCACCCCCUCCCCCACCCGCACCCACACUCUCAUCCACAUUCUCAUCCGCACCCUCACCCGCACUCGCACAGCCACGGCCACGGCCACGAGUACCGGCCCGAGCCCCUCCACUACACCCUCAUCCCCCGCAGUACUACUCGCCCCACACGCAUCCCCCCACGGCGGCGCCGUCCCCCCAGGAGUCCUACUCCUUGCCCCACUUCCCCAGCUCCUCGGCCGAGCUCCACGCCACGACGGCCCUCGGACCCAGGCAUCGCAGGGCCUCUCUCCCUCUCCAGAGAUCUGAAUCAACCAGCAGUAGUGAAUCGCCAAAAUUACGAUUAAGUCGAACCCCGUGUCCUCCUCACUCAGCAUGUUCCUCGCCGGGGAGCGAGCCCUCCGCCCCGGCCCAAAGACCUACCCCACCCUCCCCCUCGCAACUCUGCGCCGUGUGCGGCGACUCCGCCGCCUGCCAGCACUACGGAGUCCGCACCUGUGAAGGAUGUAAAGGUUUCUUCAAGCGAACUGUACAGAAGGGCUCGAAGUACGUGUGUCUGGCGGAGAAGUGCUGUCCGGUGGAUAAACGGCGGCGGAACCGGUGUCAGUUCUGCCGCUUCCAGAAGUGUCUCCAAGUGGGCAUGGUCAAAGAAGUCGUGCGCACGGACUCGCUCAAGGGCCGCCGAGGGAGGCUCCCCUCCAAGCCCAAGUCCCCCCAGGAAUCGCCCCCCAGUCCCCCCGUCUCCCUCAUCACCGCCCUCGUCCGGGGGCACCUCGACACCUCCCCCGAUCUGUCCUCUCUUGAUUAUUCCCAGUAUAGAGAACCAAGUCCGCUGGAGCCGGUGAUAACGGAGGCGGAGAAGAUAAUGCAGUUCUACACGCUUUUAACUACUUCCAUAGACGUAAUCAAGCUGUUCGUUGAGAAAAUCCCCGGUUUUUCCGAUCUCUGCCCCGAGGAUCAGGAGCUUCUCUUCCAGUCGGCAUGUCUUGAACUUUUUGUUCUCCGAUUAGCUUAUAGGACUCGAGCGACGGAUACGAAGCUAGUAUUCUGCAACGGCGUCGUGCUAGAGAAACAACAGUGCGUCCGGAGUUUUGGUGACUGGCUCUUCGCCAUCCUAGACUUCUGUCAAUCCAUGCACGCCAUGGAGAUAGACCUCUCCGCUUUCGCCUGCCUCUGUGCUCUCACUAUCAUCACAGAGCGUCACGGACUGAAGGAGCCGCACAAGGUAGAGCAGCUGCAGUCGCGGAUAAGCUCGGCGCUCCAGGACCACGUGAUCUACAACGCGGACGCCAACCGAAAGCCGCAGUACUUCUCCCGGCUCCUCGGGAAACUCCCCGAGCUCCGCUCCCUCAGUGUUCAAGGCCUCCAGCGGAUAUUCUACCUAAAGCUCGAGGACCUCGUCCCGGCGCCCCCUCUCAUAGAGAACAUGUUUGUUGCUAGUUUACCAUUUUGAACAUUUUCCACACUCUUUCAGUUCAUCUCCUCAUCUUCCUUGUUCACCGAGUAAGGGCUGUUCCACUCGGAUGGGUUCAAACCCCUUCCUCCCACUCGAGCAACCGCGAUCCUUAAAAGUUCCCAACACGGUUUUCCCUUCAUUUAAAUUGAUUAAAAAGAUGAAUUCUAAAAUCCAUUAUUUAACAUGCAUUUAAGGCGAAUCUGUGGCGAAACUAUAGGCAAACAUUGAAGGGCUGAAAAUAUUUUGCUAAAAUACUGGUAUUACUUGAAAUUCUCAGCCAAAAAUGGACCUAGAGGCAUAUUUUUUACACUGAUUCCUUUCCAAAAAAAAGGUUUUCCGUAUAAACUUAAAAUUGAAACUGAAAGAAUUCAAGUGCAAAAAUCACCUGUUCGAUUUGACCAAACAAAGAUAGCAUUUCACCUUAAGCUUUAUUUUAGGAUAUUACACGUGAGAUUUUUUGGGAAAAACGGGUAGAAAAUGUGCUUGUAGAUGUAACGGAUGUACGUUUGCUAAAAUUUUAAAGUGAUUUCAGUAUUGUAGCAGAAUUUGUCCGAAAUCUCGAUGUUUAUUUAGUUGAGGUAUAGAUUCAUCGUGAAUGAAGGGAAAACUGUGAUGCCAACUUAUUGCACGGAUCGUCACUGCAUUCAAGCCAGCUAGAUGGUGCUUGCAUCCAAAACAAGUCCAAUCUGGUGGCUGCGUCAUUCAUUCCAUGCGAUGAUUUUAGAUCAGAAUCAAAUGGUUUUUUCGUUCGAUUUUUUCCGCCUCUUUUAUAGAGCGUGGUAAAAUUCAAUCGGGCCAAUAGCGCACAAGAAUCAAAAUCAUCAGAGCUCAAUCCUUAACUAACGGGGUCCAGCGGUCUUCAUGACUUUCUGAUCGAUUUCUUUCAUGAAUGUUUGUGCACGCCUUUGAAGUCAGUGGGUCAAAAUCUCACAUUAGCCAUCAACCUCUCCUGUUCCUCCAUGAGUCAAUGCUUGAGCAUCUUUUUGGUCGCUCUUUAAUUUGCUUCUUAACGAUGGAAGAGUUAGAGAUUUGGCUAUGGAAUGCAGAAGGCUUUCAAUGGAUGCUUCGAGAGCUGGCUUCAUGGGUGGCUAAAAAAGAGUGAUAUAUAUUUGUUGAGAGCUCAGUUGAUUUUGCAACUUAACUCACUAAGAUCAGUAUGAAAGAAUGCUCAAAAUUAAGCUCUUUUUAGUACUGGGAAAAAUUGACUCUAUCGCCUUCAGUUCUUUCCUGAAAAGAUAGAAUCAAGUUUUAAGACUAAACAAAAAUCUCAGAUGCAACACUUAAUUGAGUCGUAGAUUUAAGACUCAAAUUGACAAAGACAAGGAUGUAGUUCCUAAACUUCUCUUUAAGUGGCAUUUAUAGCAAGUUAGGUAAACCCCAUCCGGGUUGCACAGCCGUUUAAUUCUUGUUUUGUAUACUUUAUAAUCCUACUUUUGAAGUAUUUUUCACUUUAAUUUAUAAUGAAUAGAUGUCUUUUAUUACUGUCCCUUUUUUAAUUUUAUAUUUUGUUUCUCUUUUUGUUUGAUCUGUUUAUUAUUUAUUUUAGUUUUACUUUGAGUUUAUUUCAUUUUUUUAAGUGUUUGAAUGUUAAGAAAGUAUUAGAAAAUCUUGUAUAAAUAUUAAAUAAUAUCGACUAGAUCAUCGAUGUGCUGAUAUUAUUUAAUUGUUUCAAAUAUAUGUUUUUAUGUUAUUUAUUUUUUUACAUUUCUCAAAUGAUAUUUUUAUCCAGAAAGUAUCUCUGUUAAAAAUAUGUUGAUUUUGUAAGGACGUACUUACACGUAAGAUUGAAGUGCCAUAGACUAAGCAAGAAAAGUGAUACCGGCUCGAUAAGUUUAGUUCAAAUUUCAAUUUAAGGACCACCCGGCCAGGAGAUUAAACAGUGACUUAUCUGAAAAUGUCUCAACUUUCUCUCUUAAAGAUGCCAUCUCACAAGUUCACAGAAUGAGGUUCGACAAAAGGGUCCCUAUCCUUAAUUUAAAACGUGCGAUCAUUGCUUUACUUACAUUUUGAGAAAAAAAUAGUGACUAGUCACCCUAGAGUUCAAGAAGUUUUCAGAAACGAAGCUGUUUUGGAUCAUUAACAAAAUGUUCAUUCAUACAUAAUAAGAAAAUCAUUUUUUCAUGUAUAAGAAGAGAUGAGAUAGUCAUACCUUAAUUGAAAAUUGUCACUUAAGAGAAGGAUAAUUAAACUAAAGUGGAUCUGCGUGGAGCCAUCUGGAAUUUUAUGGAUGUAAAGAGGGGGAAGGAGACUUUUCAGAUAGGUCACCGAUAAUCUGAAGCACUAUAUUUUUAUACACGGACUCCUAGUUCGCGGACAGGGUAUGAUUGUUUGCGAUUUUCGCUCCUUUAGGUUAGAAGGUCACUCGGUAUAUUUAAUAGAGGGCAACGAGGCUCUCAUGUUAAAGCAUAAAAACGAAGCUGUUUUGGAUCUAUGACAAAGUUUUCACUCAGAUAUAGUCAGGAUAUCAUUUCUUUAUGUAUAGGAAGAGGUGGGAUAAUCUAUUCAUUUUCUGCCGUAAAGGUAAUUUAUUUUACGUGCAACCGGCAUGUAGGGGGAAAAAGUUAGAGAUAUAUAAAUAUGCAAGUAAGCAAAUGUAGACAAGGAAUAAAGACAAGUUGAUGAAAUGUAAGGGGACACCACUGUCUCUUGUAGGAGACAGAAAAUUCUGAAUUGUGUUCUAGGAUUCUAUACUUAAUGACUUCCAUAACCAAGCUGAAUGUUAUCGCGGUAAUACGUAACCAUCAAGUCUCGUUGAGAAUAAUACUGCUUAAAAAUUGUUUUGCGAAAUUACUCCUGAGACAUUGCUUUGUUAUUGGCCAAAAAAUAUUUUCAGAGAACAUGAGAAAGUAAUUUCUUGCUACAAGUAUGGUGUUACCUAGUUCAUUAUCAGACGAUGCACAAAAAAAAUGCACUUCAAUUGUGAAAGAAAUAUCGCUGUAAGUCAGCCCCCAGUGUGAGGCAGAGGAUUCACCUGUCAUCAAGAAAAACUUUAGAAUCUCGAUUUCAAAAUUAUUGGAACUUCUGAAAGUGAAGCACCCUAAAAAGAAUCUACGAGAAUAUCUCUCCAACCAUAUCAGGGAUUCGUGGGGUUUCUGAACUGGAAGGUUCGGAAGAGACGUCCUCUAUGGAAUAAAAAAAUUACCUAUUCUAUUUUAUCGACAAAGGUAUUUCAAUAAACGAGAGAUCUAAAUUAAUUGUUACUUUGUCUUACCAGAUGGUCUUCGCUUACAGACAUUAGUAACAAGUUGACAAAGACGCCUGGCAUUGCCACAAAUAUUCGUACUUUGCGGGUGUCUAUGUUGCAUACCCUCAAAAAAUGAAGGCACUUUGAAUUUCCUUAUCGGUCCAACGAUGCGCGCAAAGAUGCGACAUAUUGUGUGGUUGCAAAUGGCUGUCACAAUUUGGCAAUGCGAGACAAUGUUGCAUGAUAAUGUUCCUAUAGUGUCUCUGGAGUAUUUUAACAAUUCAUCUAAUAGACUGCAGCGAUAUUAUUGUAUUAUCGUGGGUAAAGCACGAGAGUAUUUUUCAAAAUGACUAGAACAGUAAAUUCAAGCCGUCAAAUGAUUGAUUUACGUUGAAUAUCCUUGUAAAAAGGACCACGCGUCAAUCGGUCCUAGAUAUGCAUUUAUUCUUCCUGCGAUUUUUUACCGGAUAUAUUUCUCCUAAACGAUUACACAUUACUUUUGGACCAUUGCAUACGGUGAAAAAUAUUCAAAAUUACAACAAAAUGAUGAAUUAGAGGGGAAAAUAAUUUAAUCCCUCGACACUUGGCAUAAAUUGACUGAAUUUUAAAAAUAUAGCUCCUUUGAUUUUGCGAGGAAAUCUAUGGAUAGGUACCUACAUAUUUAAAAUUUUUGACCUGAUUAACCCCAAAAAUGUAACUUGGAUAAAAAAAUUACGCAUUUUUAUUUUUUAUAAGCUAUCUUGGUUCCUUAUUUUUACUAAGUGCAGUCUAUGAAGAUCAGGCAGAAACGUACAAUGGUUGUACAAGUAGAUUAAUGAGGACUGUAUUUAUGAAGGGUUAUCACUUUGCUGCCUCACAUAAGUCCUCAGAUUGUUUUUUUUUUUUUUUUUGUUUAUUCAUUUUUUUUCUUUUUAAUUUAUUAAAUUUUUUCAAUUAUCUUUUUCUCUAAAUAAAGAUCAAAGACUUCCCACGGAGGGAAGCACCCUCAUGCUCAACGCAUAUCCUGUGAAAAAUUGAUUUGCUAAAUUUAAGAUGACAUUAAGUUAGUAAGUUCAAUGAAUGAAUCCUCAAACAUGAAAAAACUUCAAAUGGAAGUUGGAGAAAUAUCAUCUCCCCAAGAAAAAAAGAAGGAAAACAGGAUAGAGCAAAAUUUCUACCAAGAACGAAAAUCACUUUACACACUUUUGUAGGUAAGAGAUCAUACCAAGCACCCCAACUGAUUUUUCGGACCGACCCCCUCCCGAAUCCUGUCUCCCAAGCAAACAUCAUUAUUAAUGAAGUAUCAUAAAUAAGUCAGAUAUCCUCCUAGUUAUUUUUUGUAUCAACUUUAGAAAGGAAGGGUACAUUAUGAAGAAUGCGAAGACAUCCUUUCCCACUCAUUCUAUUUCAUCAGCUCAGUCCACCUAGGUACAUGAAAAAUUAAAGCGGAUAUUGCUGAAUUAUGGUAAUGAAACCAUGGGUAGGUAGUCGUUUUCAUUUUUAUUUUAUUUCAUCGUGUAAGGAUUUGCUAAUGUUCACACUUUGCUCAAUGACCAAAGAGGUUACAAUGUUAUGUCGAAGUUGCAUGAUGUUGGUGCAGGUAUACUUGGGUGCCUAUUGUAAUGUUCCGUGGGUAAUAUUGUCUUCUUCUGAUUGACAGAGGGAGCUAAAGAAGGGGCUUAAGGAGUUAUACUGCUAAUUGCAUAGUAUACCUACCUCCUGGAGCUAAAUGUUUUCGAAUGUAAGAAGAGGGUGAUUUCAUUGAGAAUUGAUAAUUGAACUCGCUUUGGCUAACAAAUUUUUCAAAAAACCCAUUAAAAUUACAAAAUAUUUUUCUAUUAUUUCCUCACUGGCAGAAUAGAGAUUAACUAAUCUUAACACUAAGUCAGAAUAUGACCGCACAGGUACUAAAGGGGCACCUACCUCAAUUUAUUCUCGUUAUGGAAAUGUCUGCAUGAAAAAAUUCAAGCGUCAACAUAAAGUGAAAAUUGUCUGGGCAUUAAUUAUUUUAUUCUAUUGAUUAAUAGCUAAACUCCAAACCCACGUGCCUCGAUUGCAAAAGUUUCCACCUUUACCUUUUGGAGAGGGGGGGGGGGAGGGUUGGUUGGAAUUACACCUUGAAAUUUUCUCUGAUAGUUUCUCCAUGCCGGGGCAUCAUGUAAACAUCAGAAUACCUGCUGUUGUUUUCCCUCUAAAAUUUAAAAUGCACGGCAAUUUUGAGAGGCUGCAGCUAAGGAACGUAGUUUUGGAAUUUAGCCAUUGUAAUCCUUUUCUCAGAAUCAGGUUACCAUAAGUAAAGCUUGCCAAAAAAUACAUUAGCUUAAUGCUUUCAUUCUUAUCUCAUCAACUCUUUUUCUUACUUAAAAUGGUUUAUUCUUUUUCUUCUUCUUUUUCUCACAUACAUAUGGUCAGUUAACUGGUAAGAGCAAUGAGCGGUGUCUCUUUUCUCUGUAUAAAUACCCCAAAUAUACCAUGAUAUAUCUAUCCUCCAUAAUUUUGGAUCACAUCAUUUUUUUCUCUCUUCUUUUAUACAAAUAAACGAAUUUAAAGAAAAAUCUGAGCAAGCACCACUGAUUUGAAAAAUUCUUAAAAUUAUCAAGUCAUGAAAAUAAAAAUGAAACUCAUUAAAUUUCCUAUGAAGAAAGAAGAGAAAAAAGAUUCAUGCUCAAAAGUAUACUUGCUUGCCUUCUGAAAAUUGUGUGCAAGGGAGGUGCCUCAAAGCUCACCAAAAAUAACACACAACCUUUUGGGGUGAGUUUUUUUUAUUUUAUUUUUUUUUUCUUCAAAAUAUUGUUUUCUUCAUAUAAAAUUAGGAGGCAGUGAAAAAUAAUUAAAUCAUGAACCUAAAUUUGCUUCUUGUAUUUUUGAAAACUUGUGGUCUCCUAGACAGGAUAAAACAAGAGAUAUUUUUAGAUAAUUAAAUAUCUCAGUAGAUACAAAGCACCUAAUGCAUUUUAUAAGUUACUGACAGUACCUGCCUUGCGCUGUCAGCAUUGACUUCUAUUUGUUGUUUGAUUGUAAGACCUGUCUGAUAAUCGUUAUUUAGUAAAUACUCUUUCCUUGUAAAUUCUUUUUAAAUAUCGCACAAAAAUAUUUUCAUUGUAUGAGUUACGUGAAUAAAUGCAAUUUUCUUCACCACA